CCGAGAGGACAGUCUGCAGGACACAUUCAUGGACCAGCAGCAGGAUUAACCCUCUCCAGGGCAGGGGCCUCUGCCAAGGGCUCCCAUCUGCACGAUGCUGAGCGCCUCCUCCAGCGGAUCCUGCAGGGAUGCGAUGUGCGUCACCACACGUCAGCCUUCUGUAGUGCACACACUGCCCCUCUCAUGUAGCGGGGAGACGGAGGAGAGCGCACGGAGCAGCUGCCUGCUGGGGUGUAUGGACACCAUGCCCACCCACCGCCACCUCCUGCCCCGCAACUUCAGCUGCACAGCGGUGCUCUACGGGGAAAGCCCCGAGACCCCAGAGGAUGAGGACCUCGAUGACCAUGAAGAAGACACGGAGGAGAAGACCAAGGAACCCAGCAAACCGGUCACCCGAGGAAGAGAGAUCAGCUUGGUGCCACAGAGCCCAACUGCCCGGAGAAGAGCUAAGUCCUUACCCACACCUGCUGAGAGGAGGCACCUUGAGGUGGUGGCUCCAAGAAAGAAGGAGGUACGUUUUGCUGACUCUCUGGGGCUGGAGUUAACCUCAGUCCGUCACUUUAACCAUGCAGACUUGCCAAGAGUUCCCUACCACGUUCUCGCUGGGCUGCGGUGUAGGGAAUCUUGUCCCGCGGGGGCGGAACUCACCACGCUGUUGCUCCGCCCCUCUCCUAAUACCCCGCAACUGUAUCCUCAAUUCACCAACCCAGGCUCUAGACCAGACUUCCUAGAAUUGGUGAGACAACGCAGGGUGUGCCUGGAGACCAUCCACACAGAUCCAUUCAGCGUUAGCGGAGAUCUCAGAGUCCUCAACCUGUCCUAUGAGAAGGAGGUGAUGGUCAGAUACACGGUGGAUUCUUGGAGCACGUCAACUGAAGUGACGGCCUCCUACCAGCGAGGAUACAGCGACAGGUAUUCGGACCGCUUUUCGUUCAAGCUGCUUUGCCCUUCUUUGUUGAACAAGGAAGGGACGUUGGAGUUUGCCAUUCGGUACAAGGUUUGCGGGACGGAGUUUUGGGAUAAUAACGAGGGGCAAAACUACAAGGUCAAGAGUCACAAAGCCACUAUGUCUCCACCAAAGGAGUACGAAAAUGCUUGGAUUCACUUCAUCUAGGGCCGUGGAGGGUUGGGGAAGCCAGGCCUUUAGGUCUCUACACUAUGUUAGAAGAGCCAAGAUGAGGCCCCCAUCCAAGGUCACCGAGGCAUGGAGCCUGGGAGGCUUCAAAGGAAGAUUGAGAUAAGCCACGUUUUGGGUCAUUAUUAGACUAUCAUCGUUUUGUUUGAUAUAAGGUCUACGUUACUGAGCCACCAUUGGAACAUAGGCUAUUGUGAUACAAGUUCAAAAAUGCAAUAAGAUUGGGUAAGCUGCGUUUCCAGGAACAUAACUGUGAAACGUCACAUUGCCCUUCAAGUGGAGAAGCUCGGGAUAGGCCUGUUAUGAAGAAGAAGACCACCGGCAACUCCAAUAACCAUCAUGGUCACUAAUCACAAGGAGAUGACGUGUGAAGGACAAUGACCCAUACUUCUUUCUUCAAGACUGUUUUGAAGAACCGGUUGUCAUAGUCACCCUGAUUGUUUCCUUCCCAUUUUAUUCAGAUCCUCAGUGUUGUUUCCUCAUUUUGGAUGACUCCUUCACCUGAUGUGUACCAUAAGAACCCUCAUACAGUGGGGGCAAACAUCUGGUCAUGACUCAAUGUCAUCACAUUUUCCAAUCCAAGUACAUGCCUACUGUUCGGUGCGCCAAAUGGUUGCCCCCACUGUAUGUUGGUUCCUAUAGUUAUCCUGU